AUGAAUAAUUUAUUUAAUGAUGCCGCCGCUAGUUUUGUUGAUAAUGGUGUUGAUCGUAUAGCUAAUGAUUUAAUACCGGGCAAUGGACAAGGAUUCAUAAGUGGUGGAUUACAGACUGGUGCUGAUCAAUAUUUAAACAAUCAAAUUGAUAAUCGUUUCUUUGAUGGUGCACUCGAUGGUAAUCAAGGUGGCUAUGGUGGUGGUCAGGGUGGCUAUGGAGGAUCAGGAGGUUUCUUUUAA